AUGUCUAAGAACGUCAUCGUCUUCGGCGGCACCGGGCACCAGGGCCAGGCGUUUGUCAACGCCCUCGCCGCUCAGAAUAAGAGCUCGGCGAACCCAGUUUGGACCAUCCAUCUCCUGGCGCGCAACCCCGAGGCACCCUCUGCCGAGCGCCUAGCCCGUCUCAACGGCGUCAAGAUCGUCCACUCUCCACACUACAUGGAGUCGCCCGAUGAGGCAUUCGAUGCGGCAGGCCUCGAAGUCGGCCACGUUUAUGGCGCCUUCCUCGUCUGCGGCUACAUGGACGGCGAGAAAGAGGUCGCGCAGGGUGUGCGCGUUAUCAAAUCCGCUGCUGCCCACGGUGUCAAGCACAUCGUCUUUGCGUCGGUCAUGUUCGACGAGUCCAAGGAGUUUGGCGAUGACGGGAUGGACCCCAAGCGCGACAUCGAGCGCGCAAUCAAGGAGACCAACAUGAAGUGGACGAUGCUCCGCAGCUGUGACUUUAUGGACAACUGGCUCCCGACCGACGGCACCAUCGGACGCGUUUGGCGGACUAUCUUGCUCAACAAGGCGUUCAAGAACCACCCUGACCGCGCGCUGCCCAUGGUCGCGACGCGCGACAUUGGCCGUGUCGGCGCCCUCGCCAUGACUUCCGGCGACAAGUACCUCGACCAGGCGAUCCCGGUGGUUGGCGACCUGCUCACCAUUCCCCAGAUCAAGGAGAUUUACUUCGAGGUCAUGGGCACCGACAUCGUGCAGUCGUGGGGCAUCACUACCUCGAUCGCGCUGUGGUCCGAUGCAAACACGGCCAAGCUCGCCAAGUUUUACGACAGCGACCAAGGAUUCGGCGACAUCGACCUCAGCCUGACCAAGGAUGUCCUGCCCGACAUCGAGAACUUCCGCACCUUCCUUGAGCGAUACAAGCGGGAGCAGGCUGUCGCCAAAGCCAUGGCCUAG